UAUAAAUGGCACUGUCAUUCCAACAUUUCUUGUUCAUGACUCUUUUUAUCUCAACAACUGUGAGAGGACUUGGAGUAAUGAACGAAUUUGUGCAGAACCCUUACGGAGAAUAUGAUAUACUAAUUGAAAGAGCACAUCGGAACUUUAAUGUUUUGAUCCCCGUCAUUAAUGCUUCCAGACAGGUGAACCUCAACUUUGAAGAUCUCAAUGAAUUUAAUCUUCCUUUACCUCUAAUAUUGCACACAACAAGGUUUGCCAUCACAAGAAUAUUUGACUGUCAAAAAUAAUGACUGAUCACAACCAAUUACAUUUUUCUGAGUUCUAUUUGAAGAAUUUAGAGGGUUAUCUAGACUUGUCGUCACUGAAAUGAAGUAUGGGUUCACAGAAUUUUUAAUGAAAUAUGCAAAGAAGUCCUUCCAAAUCAAACAAAAAAUCAUGAACACAUAUGGAGCAGAAGCCUUUGAAAGCAAAUCUCAAUGCAUCAGAACCAGAGUUGGAGAGUAUUACAUUCCUCUAUUUCAAGGUACGGAUACUUCACAAUGAACAGAGUUUGAUGGCAUCAUCAUCAGCUUCUUUGAGACGACCAACGAAGGAUGGGUCUAUUAUAAAGGCUUAAUCAUUAAAUGUCUUGUUGUCAUAUCGAUCUUUCCACUAAAUGUAUUGCUUAUAAAUAGAAUUAUGUCUGAGUGGAGGAUCUAUAAAAGUAAUAAAUCCACUCCCCAGAAGCUAUUAUCAGAAAGCAUCAACAGAUCUUCCAAAAGUCUGAUCAGCUUGAGCAAUUACAGCAACAGUGUUCACUCCCAAGACCCAAGCGAACAAAGUCAAGAGUCAAAUUGUAUACUCGAGACGCUCAGUGCAAAACCAAACUGUAAUAUGGCGAGCAAUCCUAGCUAUCAAUGUGGAUCCUCAAGUAGUGACUCAAGUAUUUCACUUUCUUCAAAAUAAUGCACGGAUGUAAAAUAGUGAAUAUUAAGUUUUAUUUUGAGGCUCA